AUGGACCCAGAGAAUAUCUGCUUCCAACAAGCGAAAGAAGCAACGGAAGACAUGGUGCUGCGAGAGCUUCAUGAACACGAACUCGAUCUAGAGGACACUCGGGGCAUCAUCAAGAACAAGUCCUGGGACGCCUUGCCUCAUGCGUUUAAAGUAGUUGGCAAUCCUCGGUUCGAUUACAAGUCCCAGUACUUUGUCCUGACACAGAACAACGGCAACAUGACACUGGUGAAGCACAUCUACCUCACGAAAGUGAAAGUCACGCAAGCGGCACUCCAGAAGCACAUUGUGGGCCAGGGGUACGAGAUCGUUUGGGGUGCGGGUCACAAACAAAUUGAGCGCAAAGCCUUGCAGUGGAUGAUGGAUGACCAGGACGCUGGUUGGGAGUUUAUCAUCAAACACGGUGAGCGGGAUCGUAGCCAGCUGAAGCAGUUGCGCUGGAUUCACAAGCGUAUCAGUAAGGAGGGGAGCCCCAUCAAGGGCUGGUCUGAGAAGUUGGUUGAGAAAGCUUUAGAUUCGUUAGCCAAUGAGGGCUGCCUGGCCAAGCUGACCACACGGUACGACCUGACAAUCCAGGACUUCCGCCCCACCUUUUUGAACACUAUCUUCAAGGUACUCGUGCCACAUUUGGCUGAUCAUAGUCUGUGGCUGCUCCGGGAGCCGGGUGUUGGUAAGACUCCGCUAGCGCGGGUGACUGCGAUGAUGUUCAGUCGGUACUUCAGUGGGGAGGGCACUUUCCGUUCUUCUUCGGACUUUGACUUCUUCCGCGGGAUUUUCUUUGACAAGACUAUCCCUGCCGUGUACGACGACGGCGACAUCUGUGCGGAAAGUGUGAAAAAGAAGAAGGCUUUCGCGGAUGUUGGUGAUGAGGAAGGCAUGUUGAAGGAGCGGUGGAAUGCCGCCAAGUUCGUCAAGGGCCAAUCGCGCAUUGUAGUUGACAACGCUUAUGUAGCGCUCGAGGUUGAUCUGAACGCGUCUGACAUCUCGCAUGAGGAGUUCGUCAAGAUGAUUCGGCCGGUCUUGGGGUACAUCUCUGACACGGACACUCGCGCCAUUCUCAAACGGGGUUGCUUCAUUGUCUUCACCAAAGACAGCGUCUACUUCAGGCCUCCAUCACAGCACGAGAAGAGGGUGUCUCGUCAGAAAUGGGCUCUCAGGGACAUACUUCUGGACGACUGCAAGCACAGGUUCAACAACUACAAGAAGAAUGGUCCUCCGCCAGUGGACUUUCCCGCUAGAGCAGCUGCAGAAAAAGCGUGGCUAGAGCAUGUGCUGCAGGAGCACGACAGCAAGCACACGGUCGAGGAGCGCUUUACCAACAGUCUACUACCACGGUAUGUUAUGAAAAUGGAAGCUGAGGAGUUUUCGGAAGCUCAUGAAGGCCGAGCUGCUAUGUGUGAAGGAGUCGCACUAGACGCAGACAGCCCGCCUCCUGAGACUCCAGCACCCAUGACACCUGAGGCGAAAGUCAAAAGGGAAAGAUUCGACCAAGAGUUCCUACUUCGCAGCAACACCUUCAGCAAGUCUCUCGGUCCCAGUACAGUGCUCGAACUGUCACCAACAUCGUCAGGCAAGGGAUCAUCGCAGAAGACGUCUUCGCCUCCACAUGCAGUCGCAAGCACGUCACUUGGCCCACGCGCACCUGAUUCCGCUCCCAUUCCCAACGCGGACUUCUUACAUCGCAACCGACUCGGCAAAGAACCAGGUCUGGCCUCUUCCAAAACGAGGGAAGCGUCGAGCCGCUUUAAAAAGCCUGCCGCCAAGAACACCUACGAGGCGGUGCCUUAUGUUCGACAUGGUCAAGUGUCCACGAAGUUUCGUGCUCAUCGGCAACGCUGGGGUUACUCCAUUCAAGGCUUCAUGAGCAUGAACUACCGAGAGUUAGUUCGCACACUGCAGAAAGAAAAUAUACUCCCGAAAUGGACAAAGAAGCAAUGUCCGCGAUGUGGCCAGGGGAAGCUGGGCAAGCUCAAGUACGUGAAGUGUCGUAAAGCAUGGCUUCAUCAGUGCAGUUCCCGCGCCUGUCACAAGUACCUCCAGCCACAUGACUUCCAUCCCAUCUUCUUCCAGGGCACCGGCAGGUCUCGUACCUCACUCAAUCUACAAGCAUCCAUCUUGUAUGCCGCAGUAGCGGGUGUGCCCAUCAACUCGACGCACUUGGUACUGGACACAGACCACAAGCCGGUUGAGAGAAUCUUCAAGAAUCUAGCCGAUGAGGUCGAUGUGGGAAAGGCCGUGGACGAAGCAGCUCUCGAUGCAGGGCAGGUCCUGGUCCAAUCAGGAAGGAAGAGUGGCGUAAAAUCGGUUCUUCUGUUCUUCGCGACCGGCGUGUCGUUUUGCACACAGAUGGAGCCCGUGCGUACAAACUUCACAUUCCUGGAGUGCAUCAUUGUUGUCUGGGUCAAGCCGAACUACACGAAGGUGUACAACAUCAAAUUGCCCAACAAGACCGUCUUGAAGGUGAAAUCAGGAACCCAGUGGUCAGAUGAGAUCGCACUCAUCAUUCGCGACUUUGCCGACAUCCCCGGUACGAGAAGUCCAUGCGCACCGACAGUACAUGAGAAGCGGGUCUGUGAACUCAGGGAUGGAAGCAUCUUUUACAGCCUGGGGAACCUCAUGUACAAAGUCAACAACAGUGGAGAGCAUCACCUGUCGCCAUCUGAGCGAGCAUAUGCAGCAGAGAUCCUCUCAAAAGUGACUUUCUAA